GCUGAAGAGAGCAGACAUGGCCGCGCUGGCCGAGGCGGCGGCUCUGGCCGCGGUGUGCGUCGUCGUGGUGCUGCUGGCGCGCUUCCUCGGCAGCUACCUGCACUUCAGGAAGCUGGAGAUGGCCAUCCCCGGGCCGCCGUCGCUGUUCCUCCUCGGCAACGCGCUGGACUUCGUCUCCGUGACCCCCGACAACGUGAUGCAGACCGUGCUGCGGAAGCUCGCCGGCCGGACGGAGAUGAGUCGCUUCUCCAUUUUGAACAACCUGAUCGUGGCGGUGCAAGAGCCCGAGCAGAUCGACGAGGUGGUGCGCUGCAAGAAGUUCGACGACAAGCCCAGCUUCUUCUACAGCUUCCUCCACAUCGUCGCCAAGAAGGGCCUGGUGCAGCUCAACGGCCCCGAGUGGAAGGCGCACCGCCGGUGGCUGGAGCCGGGCUUCAACGUGCAGGUGCUGAACCGCUUCGUGGACAUCUUCAGCGAGGAGGCCAAGGGCUACGUGGACCGCAUCGAGGUAGGCGAGGACGUGGACGUUGUCAAGACGCUGAUGAAGGUCAACGUGCGGAACGUCCUCCGCACCUCCAUGGCGGCGGACACCUCCGACUUCGAAGACAGGGCCAUGGACGCCUUCCAGUUCGUCGAGGUGUUCCUGCGCUCCGUCAACAAGCGCGCCUUCAACCCGGUCCUGUGGUCCGAUCGAGUAUUCAAACUGACGCCACUGGGCAGGAGAGUGAGCGCCACCAAGAAGGUCAUCGACGACUACUGCAGCAUUUUCAUCACGAGGAAGCGCGCUGAAAUCGAAAACCACAAGAACGACGCUGGCUUCGGGCGAGGGCGCAAGACGCUCAUGGACAUCAUGCUGGACCCCGACACUGGGUCGCAGAAGCUCAUGGAGGAGGACGCCAUCACUGACGAGUUCAUAACAUUCAGUGGCGCCAACGUCGACACGACGGUCUCGACGCUCAGCUGGACGCUCAAGGUGCUGUCGCUGCUGCCCGACGUGCAGCAACGAGUGCACGCCGAACUGGACUCGGUGUUCGGGGACAGCGACAGAAGCGUCUCCGUCGAGGACCUGUCUGAGCUGCAGUACCUCAAUCGCGUGAUCAAGGAAGUGAUGCGCAUGUUCCCGACCAUCCCCUUCGUCGCCCGUCACUGCCACAAGGAGACCACACUGUGCGGCCACACCAUCCCAGCGAACACCAUCAUCGGCAUAAGCAUCUUCUCGGCGCACCGCGACCCCAGGCACUGGGACAGGCCCGAGCAGUUCGACCCGGACCGCUUCCUGCCCGAGCGCAGCAAGGACCGCCACCCCUGCGCCUACAUGCCCUUCAGCAUGGGGCCCAGGAAGUGCAUCGGCGGCAGGUACGCCAUGAUGAACAUGACCACCUUCCUCGCCACCGCGCUCAGGGACUUGGAGGUGCUGCCCGUCGGCGACCACAAGGACCUGCAGAGCCUCAUCGACAACAUGACCUUCGACAUUUCGUCCCACCUCGUGGGCGGGACGCGAGUGAGGUUCCGCCGAAGAAGUGCCAAAGCCGCCUGAAGCCGCAACCAAAGUUAAUUCAGGUUCGCACUUAGGCACUAAUUAGUUUUUUGUGCAUAGCUUUGUAGGAAAUAGGGCACGCGUGAACGCGUGACAAGGUACGUAGGUGAAUUCAGUGCCUUCCGAUGAGUGAAUGUUCCUAGCAACGCACGGGGUUAAAAAGGGGUGAAGUGUUUUCGGCCCUUAUUAGGGUGUCUAAGUACGGGGUGAACAGGCUGUGGGGCUAUAUCAAGACGUUUCUGCAGGUCGGGAUUUUCAGACAACAAACUCUAAAAUAUAUGACUUUCCAUCUCUGAAUAUUCGGACCAUCUACACGUUCUGAAUUUUCAGACCACCAUAGGGCGCCUGGGAGGUAGGCAGCCCUUUUGACCUGGUGAUGGUUGGGUUGCCUACCCCGUACGGCGCUGUAGGGUGCAAGGUAGCAGCGCGAUGCCGCGGCCAGGUGGGGGCGGCCAAAAUUCUAGACGCGUUUUGAGCUUAAGUCUCUAAAUUGGACUCGAACUGAACAUGUGACCGUGACCCCACCAAUGGAUU